CUCGUGAAGAGUGGGCUUGGCAUGAGGCGACAAGGUCUGUCGAUGAAGGGGAAGACGACGGUGACGGUGAACGUGUACGAUAUCGUGGAGAGUAACUCUUUCACAUACGCGUGGGGUCUUGGGGCCUUUCAUUCGGGUGUCGAAGUUGGCGGCGUCGAGUACUCUUUCGCAGGUGGCGCAGGCGUUUUCACCUUGGCACCCAAGUCGGCGCAAGGCGCGGUUUUCCGUGAAUCUAUCCAAAUAGGAGUGUUUGAAGGCACAUAUCAAGACGCCAAACGAAUCUUGGACGACAUGCGAAGCGAAUUCAAUGGAAGUCAUUACAACCUCCUCACCAAGAACUGUAAUACGUUCGCAAAUGAAGCAUGCUUGCGGCUUGUGGGCCAACCGAUACCUGCCUACAUCAAUCGCAUCGCUUACCUUGGAUCAUGCUUCAGCUGCUUGAUCCCAAAGCAGCUGACGGGUGAAGCACCAGUACAAGGAAGCGACGCAAUGUUCGGUGGAUUCUCUCACGCGAGCUCAUACGGCACAACGAGUGUUCCAGUGUUUGCAGGUGCGCCCGCGAUCAAUUCGUCGGCUCCGUCACGAUGCGUUCUUGGAGCAGGGCAAGGCUUGGCCCUAAACUCCAAUUCGUCUCCAUCUGCCAGUCUACUAGCGUCCACCGACGAGAACAAUGAAGCGAUUCGGCGUGAGAAGCGCGUAGCUGCGGCUCUCAAACGCCUCGAAAAACGACACUCGGGGAGCGAAGUGCUUACUUCAGACUAACCACCAGCGAGUGGCUGGAGGUGAAUUACCGGAAAAGUCCUUCGAAUGCCUGUGCAUCGCACUAAUCCAUCGCUUAUUUCCGUCGGCGCGUUGCUUCCUCCAUUGUGUAAUGGAACUCCGAGUCGUGGAGCACAGCCAACUCUGGUGGUGUUGACUUGUCUCCAAUUUCCAAAUAUUUCGAGGAUCUCUCUUAAUAAUGCCAAGAUUAAACAUUCAUUCCUCA